AUGUACAAUAAAGAAGGAGGAAGGCUAAUAACACCAGAACACCAGACGCCCAACAUGAAGCUUCUUGUGGGCUUGUCCCUUUUCGUAGCAUUGUCUGCUGGCAGUCCUAUUGAGAUCACGAUACCUCUAGACAACAGCCAUUAUGUAGAGGGAGUGAGCAGAUACAUAUGGAUGCCUGAUGGAAAUGAUGUGCCACAGCUGGUAGAUCUCCAAGCGCCAGCUGAGCCUUUGCGUGGUGCUGAGAACCAAUAUCUUUUAUUUACAAGGAGUAACCCAGAAAAUCCCCAAGAGUUGAAAUACAACGAUCGAGAAUCUGUUCGAAAUUCUAACUACAAUCGUAACUGGCCCAUCGUUGUUAUUGUUCACGGCUGGACUGGAGAUAUAAACUCAAAAGUAAAUCCCUAUGUACGUGAUGCUAUGCUCGAAGUCGGAAAUUAUAAUGUAAUUGCUCUCGACUGGCAUAAAGCAGCUGGCGGUCUAUACACGUCCGCAAUUCGCAAUGUUUUUGAUACCGGCGAAAGCCUUGGUUUCUUUCUGGACUGGUUGAUAUUUAGCUUCGGCGGCAGUUGGAAUAAUGUCCACCUAGUUGGAUACAGUCUCGGUGCUCAUGUGGUUGCUAAUGUUGGACGAAUGAUCUUAAGGCGACCAGGUCGAAUUACUGGCUUAGACCCUGCUGGUCCACAAUUUGGGAAUAAUCCAGAUGCCCUUAACAUACAAGACGCGGCCUAUGUCGAGUGCAUGGCCACUGAUGGUGGAAUGAUGGGUAUCUUUGAUCCCAUUUGCCAGGCAAACUUUUACCCGAACGGUGGUAGACACCCCCAACCUGGCUGUGACUCGAAUUCGUGUUCACACAGUCGCGCCUACGAGCUUUAUGCAGCAAGUGUGAGAUACAACCGAUUUGUUGGGAGGCAAUGCGCGAGUCUAGAUGACGCUGAAAACCAACGUUGUGAUGGUGCAGAGUUCCUCAUGGGCAAUGCCGAUUUGAAUAAACGAAGAUUUGGACUCUUUGGCCUCAAAACAGAAGCAGCGUGGCCUUUCUAA